UUGCGGGAAGAUUGAAUUUUACGGGAACAUCAAUUCCUGCCGACAUAGAUUCUUGCUCUCAAAUGGAUAUCAGUUCGAACUCCGUAAGGACCGUAACCAGAGAAGCUCCCACAGACACAGCCAUGGCGCCUAACAAGAAGACUCUACCGCCGUGCUCUCCGAUUCACGGGACUGUGAAGUUACUAUCGAAUCGAGCAACUUUACAUAUGAAUCAGACUCAAAUGGCCUUUCAAUUAAAGUAUCGAGGAAGGCAAAAAUCAACAUUGCUGUUAAACGAGUGGGGAGCGGCAACCUGAUUAAGAAUAAUGAAAUGGGGCUUUCAGAGUGUGGUGGAGAAGGUUUAAAUCAGUCUCCUUUUGCAUCAGAACUAGCAAGAAAGGACCAGAGUGAUAUGUCCCGUGGGGAUGAAUACAGUUUUGCUCUUCUCAACCCUAAGGAUGCUGACAAUCAUAGCACAUCAUUGCUUCAGGAAGUACUGAAAUUGUACAAAAAAGAGCUGCCUGCUAUGAGAUUUGCUGCAAACACUGGAAAGGAAUCAAUGUUCCUUGAGAGAUGCAUAUCGAAUGGGAAAUACUGUACACUAAUUUUUAAAUGUAAAGCCUCAGAAGGUCUUGAAGAGGUUUUGGCUGCGAUGACUUAUCAAAUAGUACCUGCUGACACACAGUAUGCUGAGAUUCCUACUGCUGCUGUCAGUUCAACCUACCAACAGAAGGGUAUUGGCCGGCUUUUGUUCUUGGAACUGAGAAAUAGGCUUCAGAGUGUUGGAGUUAGCACAAUAUUAUGCUGGGGAGACGGAAACUCUGAAGGGUUUUGGUCCAAACAGGGCUUCGUGCCAAUAGCUGAGGUUGACAUGAAAGGUAGGGCUCGCAGGGUUCCUAUCAGGGCUGAUAUUAGAAGAUCGUUAUGCUUUCCUGGUGGUUCAACUCUCAUGGUUUCUCAUCUCAACAAGAGUGUAUCAGCAGAUCCUUCAGAUUCAACAAAGUCACAUGUAAAUCAAUGCAAAUUUUUUUCGUCAUUUGCCUGUUGUAAGAUUCAAGGGUUCAAACAUGCUGGAGUGAAUAUCAGUCAUCUAGGCAUGACUGCUAAAGCAGAGGAUUUUCGGCCUGGUACAUCAGUGGCUGGUGGAUUUCAAACAGAAGGAAACAGAAUAGGCGAUAUUUCACGUAGUCAUGGAGGCGAAGAGGACUCAAUUGACCCCAAGAAAGUUGAUCAUGAUACAAUUUUAAGUGGUGGAUCUUCAGCAAAUAUAGACCAUACAGAUUUAAAUCAGUGUCAGUGCUCAGGACCAGGAAACAAGAGGAGGAUCUGGGAGGCCACCUUAUCCUCUCUGAAGUCGAAAAAAGUGAAGGGAGGCCAUUCAACUGAUUGCCAACUCCAUUCCGAUGGACGCCUAGUCAAAGGAAGUUCUGAGAAAGACUAUUACUCAGCUGAAUGCUCCCUGGGCAUCUCAAGAGACGAUCUUUUGGCCGAGACAAUUUCUAAGAAUCCAUUAACUAUUGGUGAUGUAGAGAGGAGUCCUAGAAACUGUCUUGCUCUGACUAGACCGUCAGAAGCUCUCUGCAGCAAUGAACUUCCAUCAAAGGGAGCGAGCUUCAGGAUCAUGUUGAUGAACAUUGCUGAUGACUCCAAGAAGACUCAUCUCACAAAGGUAAUUGAAGACCUCGGGGGUGUGGUGGCUUCGCAAGGAAGUGAAAGCACACAUAUUGUUACUGGAAAAGUCAGAAGAACCCUGAAUUUCUGCACUGGUCUCUGUUCAGGGGCCUGGAUAGUCUUGCCUGCUUGGUUGAAGGAAAGCUUUCGGGAAGGCAGAUUUGUGGAUGAAGUGCCCUUUAUAUUAGAGGAUGAAGACUAUGUAUUAAAGUACAGAUCUGAUCUAAAAGGUGCAGUCAUUAGAGCAAGAGCGAGCCCUCGGGCUCUUCUUGAAGGGUAUCAUGUGUGCAUUGCGCACCAUGUUCACCCCCCUCAGAGAACUCUAACAGAAAUUGUUACUGCUGCUGGUGGGAAUAUCAUCAGAGAGGCGGACAUAGUCAAAGAUCCGUCGAGGACAAUCUUCAUAGCAUGUGAAGAAGACAUGGAGGUGGCACUGGUGGCUCUGAGGAAAGGGGUGUGGACGUUUGGGAGCGAGUGGCUCAUGAGCUGCAUCAUGAGACAGGAGCUCGAUUUCGAAGCUCCUCAGUUUGCAGUCUCUCUAUGAUGUUUCUUACACUUUCCGCUGCUACGCUGUAAUCUUACCCCACGUUCAGUCCAUUGUACAUAGCACUGCUUUCCAGUAAUAACAGGGAAUCACGGACAGUAUCACUAUGAUGUAUUGUGAUUAUGAACAGCUGGUGGCCGAUAUGGUAGGCCAUGUGACUGGUAUCCAGGAAGUUCCUGCCUUCCAAUUCAUACAAGGAUGAGGUCAGCGCUGGGUUCAAGACAUGAUAACUUCAUCGUUUUUUUUCCUCAA